CAUGGAGAGAGGGGCUGGCUGGUUCUCUGGCUGCUGCGUCGCUUGGAUCGCCUCGGCAUGGCUUUUCUUUGGCGCUGGGUCUUUCGUCGGGGCUGAGAUAACUUGCCGAUCUUGUUUCCAGUCGUCUUUAUCGCCCACAUCUUUCCGGGUGAAGCUGCUGCAGUUGCCGUCGCCGCUGGAGGUUCCUCGGAGAGUGAAACUCGGACCAAGCGGCGACGAAGACGGGGAAACCCUUCGGGAGAAUCCUCGUGGAGGAUGGGGUGCAUCGGGAGAGGCCGUGGAGGAGGAGGGCGAAGCGACGGGAGCGCCCCGAAAGGAUCCCGGGCCGGAGAGGGCUCAAGGCACCGCACCCGAGGAAGCCACCGGCGGACUCCCGAAGGAAACCGAGAGGGCGAGCCGGAGCCCCGACCUCGGCGGCUUCCACCAACUCGGGAAUAGGGUGGAGGACAGGGGAAGCUCCUUGCCUUCCGUCUGGGCAGAGACGCAACAGAUGCCCGGAGGAGGGUCUGUUGGGGAAUCGCCGGGCGGCAGCCCCAGAGCACGGAGGAGCAGCGAGGAUUGGCAACCCUUCGGCCCGGACCGGCGCGGGGCAGAAGGAGGUGGUUGGGACGCCGCCUCUCCGGACGUCCAGAAAGCCCGAAUUCCUGGCAGAGGCUCCAAAGAGGAAGGGCGGCUGGGCAAACUGCGCGGGGGCGGAGGCGAAGAGUUGAAACUGUCCAGCACGACCUUUGCCCUGAACGGAGACUCGGCCCACAACCAGGCGAUGGUGCACUGGUCCGGCUACAACAGCAGCGUGAUUCUCAUUCUUACAAAGCUGCAUGACUUCAAUUUGGGAAGUGUUACUGAAAGCUCACUUUGGAGGUCCACAGAUUAUGGUACAACAUAUGAAAAGCUAAAUGACAAGGUGGGACUAAAGACUGUGCUGAGUUAUCUUUACGUCAGUCCUACUAAUAAGAGAAAGAUAAUGCUCUUAAGUGAUCCUGAGAUUGAAAGUAGCAUCCUCAUCAGUAAUGACGAAGGAGCCACCUAUCAAAAAUAUAGACUCAGCUUCUACAUCCAGAGUCUGCUCUUCCAUCCUAAGCAAGAAGACUGGAUUCUAGCAUACAGCAUUGACCAAAAGCUGUACAGUUCUAUGGAUUUUGGAAGGAGAUGGCAGAUCAUGCAUGAACGGAUCACACCAAACCGAUUUUAUUGGUCUGUCAUGGAUUUGGACAAGGAGCCUGACCUUGUACACAUGGAGGCUCGGACACCAGAUGGACAUGCCCAUUAUAUAACUUGCAGGAUUCAAGAAUGUUCAGAGACCACCAGGAAUGGACCUUUUUUGGACUCCAUUGAUACAAGUUCACUUGUUGUCCAAGAUGAAUAUAUCUUUAUUCAGGUAACUUCUGGUGGAAGAGCAAAUUACUAUGUAUCUUACAAAAGAGAACCCUUUACUAAGAUAAAAUUACCCAAGUAUUCACUACCAAAGGACAUGCAUAUUAUCAGCACUGAUGAGAAUCAGGUGUUUGCUGCAGUUCAGGAAUGGAACCAAAAUGACACAUACAACCUCUACAUUUCUGAUGUUCGUGGAGUCUACUUCACACUAGCCUUGGAGAAUGUUAAGAGCAACCGAGGACUAGAAGGCAAUGUCAUCAUUGAUCUUUAUGAGGUAGCAGGGAUCAAAGGCAUAUUGCUGGCUAACAAGAAAGUAGAAGACCAAAUAAAAACAUUCAUCACCUAUAAUAAAGGAAGAGACUGGCGUUUGCUAAAGGCUCCAGAUUCUGACCUGAGAGGGGACCCCAUUCACUGUCUGCUGCCUUUCUGUUCCUUGCACUUACAUUUGCAAGUCCCUGAAAACCCUUACACUUCAGGCAGCAUUUCAAGCAAAGAGACAGUCCCUGGACUUCUGGUUGCUACAGGUAAUGUGGGCACAGAAUUGUCAUACACUGAGAUUGGCAUGUUUGUUUCUUCCGAUGGUGGAAAUUCCUGGAGACAGAUCUUUGAGGAAGAAUACAAUGUAUGGUUCCUUGAUUGGGGUGGAGCACUUGUGGCCAUGAAACACACAUCAAUGCCUCUACGACAUCUGUGGGUGAGUUUCGAUGAAGGAAGGACCUGGAAUAAAUAUGGCUUCACAUCAGCACCACUCUUCAUGGAUGGGUCCCUAGUGGAGCCAGGCAUAGAAACUCAGAUAAUGACAAUCUUUGGCCAUCUCAAUCUCCGUUCUGAAUGGCAACUAGUAAAAGUGGAUUAUAAAUCUAUCUUUAGCAGAAGAUGUACCAAGGAUGAUUUCCAGUCAUGGCAUUUACACAACCAGGGCGAACCUUGUGUCAUGGGAGAAAGGAAGAUCUAUAAGAAACGUAAAUCAGGGGCAUGGUGCGCAUUAUCUAAAGAUUACUCAAGAACAGUGGUUUCAGAACCAUGCAUCUGUGCUGAGUGGGACUUUGAAUGUGACUAUGGUUAUGAAAGACACAGUAAUAAUCAGUGCAUCCCAGCGUUCUGGUUCAACCCAUCCUCUCAGAUGAAAGAAUGUAGUCUUGGCCAGAGCUACUUGAACAGCACUGGGUAUCGGAGGAUUGUUUCUAAUAACUGCACAGAUGGUUUGCAAGAAAAAUAUGCAGCCAAGCCUGAACAGUGUCCAGGCAAAGCUCCCCAUGGGUUACAUAUUCUCACAUCCACUGGCAAGUUGGUUACAGAACAAGGCUACAACACUACCUUCAUAAUUCUUAUGGAAGAGGGUGACCUCCAGAGGACAAAUAUCCAAUUGGAUUUUGGAGAUGGUACUGCUGUAUCCUAUGCUAAUUUCAGCCCUAUAGAAGAUGGUAUCCGACAUGUUUAUAAGAGCACUGGAAUCUUCCAUGUGACAGCUUAUGCAGAAAAUAACUUGGGUUCUGAUUUGGCAGCACUUUUCCUGCAUGUGGUUUGUCCAGUGGAACGUGUCCACUUGAAUGUGCCUUUUGUGGCCGUCAGAAAUAAGGAAGUCAAUCUCACAGCUGUAGUUUGGCCAAAUCAGUCAGGCACCCUCACUUACUUCUGGUGGUUUGGCAACAAUAGCAAGCCAUUCAUCACCUUGGAUAGCAGCAUCUCUUAUAUCUUUACCAGUGAAGGAAUGAAUACUAUCACAGUACAGGUUUCAUCUGGCAACAUCCUUAUCCAGGACACCAGAAACAUUGUUGUGCAUGAAUAUUUUCAGUCUCAAUUAUUAUCGUUCUCACCCAAUUUGGAUUAUCACAAUCCUGAUAUCCCAGAGUGGAGAGAAGACAUUGGCCGAGUCAUUAAAGCAGCUUUGGUGCAUGCUGUUGAAAGCCUCUUCAGUGCUCUAAAUCAAAAUCUGGUCCAAUUUGAGUUGAAGCCCAGUGUCGAAAUAAUUGUUUACGUCACUCAGUUAACAUUAGCACCUCUUGUUGAUUCUGGUGCAGGGCACAGCAGCUCUGCAAUGCUGAUGUUGCUCUCAGUGGUCUUUGUUGGCUUGGCUGUUUUUUUAAUCUACAAGUUUAAAAGGAAAAUUCCAUGGAUCAAUAUCUAUGCUCAGGUGCAACAUGACAAAGAACAGGAGAUGAUUGGUUCUGUCAGCCAAAAUGAAAAUGCACCCAAAAUUACACUUAGUGAAUUCACAGAUCCUGAAGAACUCAUGGACAAAGAGUUGGAUGCACGGGUUAUAGGGAGCAUCUCAACGAUCUCCAACAGUGAAAGCACAAAGGAAAUACCGAACUGCACUAGUGUUUAAUACCAGGAGUCCAUUUUGACAACAACAUUUCCCAGUUUUUAUUUUGUAAUUAAUGUUAUGAUUAGAUGAAGGGAAAUUCUUCUUGUUAUUAUUAUUAAUAUUAAUGGUGUGGACUUUUUUUCAUUUUUCUUUUUCAGGGAACAUUUAUAAAGUGAGCAUUUGGCAAACCAUAUCACAAAUAUGAUAUUUAGCUCAAUGAAAUCAUGGUAUAAGAUCCUAAAUUUCAAUUGAAAGAAUUACGCUUUUUUUGCUAAUGGCAAUCUCAAAAGGCUAUUUAAUGGCUCUUAACAGACUUGUCUGUGUCCAGUGCUUUCAGAUUCUGAUUCAGAUAACAGGUGUUAUCUGAUAAAUCUUGAAAACUGUUUAUGUGAGGUCCCUUCUGAAUAAUAUUUUUUAGAUCCCAAUGAAGAUGGGUAGGAUGCACAAAAUGGCUCAACCAAUAUUGACCAAAUUUCUGAAGAGGCUCUCACUGGUGCAUGUUCAUACUGAUGGUAUAAUGUAGAUACUUACCAUGUAAAUAUAUUUUUAUUUCUUGAGAAAUAAUUUAAUGUUUAGCAAAAGAUAAAUUUUAAAAAAAUAAGCCACACACAGACAUACACAUAGCACACAUGUUUGCAUUUAUAUCAAAAGCAAAACUGUUAGAUGGAAGCCUGCAGUGAGCAACUGUGUAACAUGUGGGAUCGAAAUGUAUAUCAGUUGUCUGUCCUAUUUAAAUCUGUUGCCUUAUUUUAACAGUACCAUGCCAAGGAAUCCCCUAAAGAAAAAAAUGUGUACUUGGUUGAGGCAUGUUUCAGAACACAGUUUAGUUAAGUCAGUUUCUUCUUCCUUACAGGAAAGUGGUAAGGAGAAGGAUACUAAUUAUACCAUCUAAUAGGCAUAGCUGCAAAACUCUGAAAUAUGAAUCCCUAUUUGAAUUAGUUAUCUGCAUGGAUAAAUAUUCUUCACCACAAGGAAGCUAAAUAAGAAGUCCAAGACUGACUUUUAAUCUCCUAGUGAUGGCCACUAGCUGGGACUUUGUUAUUUUUAUUUUUACAUUUUAAUCUCAACUCUUUCCCACUUUUUCCUCUCUACUCCUUUCAACACAUAUUUUUUACUUUGUAUUUUGCUUCCAGAUCAUCUGAUAUGAUUAAAUGGGUAAAGUUAAAUAGGUUAUGUAAGAUUAAUUUUGGAUUUCACUGUUUAAACUGCUGUUUAAUAGAAAUAGGAAUAUUAGAUGCAGUGGUGAAAUUCAUUUUUUACUACCGGUUCUGUGGGCUUGGCAA